AGGCCCGGCGGCCCCACGAGGUCUGCGGGAGCUGAGCGCGGGCGCGGGCCGCUACGUGCGCGGGGAGCGCGGGGCUGCGCUCGGGUGCGCUCCUGGGCGCUCGCCGCCGCCGCCGCCGCCGCUGUGCCUUUGAGUCAGCAAACUCCGUCGCCUGCCAGCCAGCCCGCCGGCUUGGCCCUGCCCGGAGGAACCAUCCAUGGAGAAAUUGUGGUUCAGAGCCCAGGGCAGACAACUAGUAAAUGAUGGAGACAACAUUUGACCUGGGCAGCCUGGCUCUGGAAUGGGUGCUCUCACCCAGUCCCCCGUGAAUGUACGGAAAGGGCUGAGCCAGGCCUCAAUCAAAGAUUGAUUGUAUCCUGUGCUGAAGAUGUUUCCAGAACAACAGAAAGAGGAAUUUGUAAGCGUCUGGGUUCGAGAUCCUCGGAUUCAGAAGGAGGACUUUUGGCAUUCUUAUAUUGACUAUGAGAUAUGUAUUCAUACCAAUAGCAUGUGUUUUACAAUGAAAACAUCCUGUGUGCGAAGAAGAUACAGAGAAUUUGUGUGGCUGAGGCAGAGACUCCAAAGUAAUGCGUUGCUGGUGCAACUGCCAGAACUUCCAUCUAAAAACCUGUUUUUCAACAUGAAUAAUCGCCAGCAUGUAGAUCAGCGUCGUCAGGGUUUGGAAGAUUUCCUCAGAAAGGUCCUACAGAACGCGCUUCUGCUCUCGGACAGCUGCCUUCACCUCUUCCUGCAGAGCCAUUUGAAUUCGGAAGACAUUGAGGCCUGCGUCUCCGGGCAGACGAAGUACUCGGUAGAAGACGCAAUUCACAAGUUUGCCUUGAUGAACAGACGUUUCCCUGAAGAAGAUGAAGAAGGAAAAAAAGAAAAUGAUAUAGAUUAUGACUCAGAAAGUUCAUCCUCUGGGCUCGGACAUAGUAGCGAUGACAGCAGUUCACACGGAUGUAAAAUGAGCACAGCCCCACAGGAAUCCUGAAAAAGAAUUCUGAUGUUACCAUCUUAGGAAUAGUGAAUUACGUCCAGUCGUGGAGAAGCAAGCUCGCUAAUAAUAGCCUCUUACCUAAAGCUCCCUGUCAUGAUAGUAGGUAUUUAAUUAAAGACGUUGGGUUGUUUAUUAGUGGUAUUUUUAUGUUGUCUUAUUUUGGAUGAGCUCCUGUAAAAAGCUAAAGGCCCGCGAAUGCAACUCUCCUUUAUAGGCAAACACUAUCGGUAAAACUAGAUCCUGUCUUGAACUGAAAUGCCACAUACAUUUAGAAGCACCGAGUUGGUUUUACUGAAUUUGAAAAGAUAGGUAAAUAGGCAGCAUUGAAAAUCCAGAGAGCGCCUUCCUUCUCGUGUCAGUGGGACAGCGUCAGCAUAAACCCAGCUCGUAUGAUCUUAGCCAGGAUGAAGACUGACGGCAUCGACCGGACGGCCUCUUUCAGACAUGUGGCUGAUGUUUUGUGGGCACCUCCCCUGCACUGGCAAAACACUUCGCUUUGGGUGUUUGAAAUAUUUUAAGAAGCUUCGCCUUUCCAGUAUUUUAUUUCACAACGUAGAUGGAAAAUGUACCUUAUGACUAGAGACAUGGUAAAAUAAUGUUUACGUCUUACAUGAAAACAGAAAUCGUGCUCGUAAUUUUGCUCAUAUUUGCAAUAUAUAGAUUCAGAAAUACAUUUGCAUUGUUCACAUUCAGCUUUAACACCUGGUUUCUGGAAACAGGUACUGUGGUUUCAUUACCGGCGUGUAAUUAGAAUUCCAGGUUGACUGUUUUCUGACUAAAUGUGCAAUUUCUUAUCACUAGAUAACUUUCAGUGUCAGUGGUGGUUACUUGUUACUUAUUUUUAAGUUACGAGUGGGAUCUUAUAAAAAGUAAUACAUUUCAUGUUUUCAGUAAACAUUCCCAUCAUUUAGAAAAGAAUAUCAACUUGCUAAUUUAAGAAUUACUCAUUUUUCAAGAGCCUUCCUUUUAAGGCAUCUGCCUGAGGACUGGCGCAAUUUAAUAAAAUGUCUUCUUUGUUAGUGGCCCAAAGAUAAAAUGUCUUAGAUAAACUACAUUGAACUUCAAAUUUCAGAUGAGGCAGCGUUUUCUUGAGAUAAUUAUCCAAGUUUCUUCUCUGUUGAAUGGUGUGAAGUGUCUCUUAAACCACCACGAAGACACUUCCACGUAACUGCGAUAACUUGUUGCUUUAAUUAAAUGUUACCUCACCUCAUUUUAACUGGGAGUUUAAAAGUGACUGUAUUAUUAAAAAGCCUUUGAAGUGCUCGUAACUAAGAACAGAAAAUAAAUUAAAUUUAGAACAAGAAUGAUUUCCUUAAGUUUUCCUUUUUUUGUUUUUGUUUGGUCUAAAACAUUAUUGAACUUUUGUAAAUAUUUUUAUUUAAUGUAUCUUGGAUCUUGUUAUUUUAUCAUCUAAGACUCAUUUUAACACGGGGGCGGAAAAGAUGGAGCAAUUUCUUUUUAUCUUGCUAACCUGUGACGUUUGCCAUCUAGUCAUUUAAGAGCGAUCCCCAGCUUGUUUGGCAAUGUGUCUGAAUUCACAUUAUUUCUGUUUUACAGCAGUUUUCAACAGCAUGUAAUGUGCCACCAAUUGUCCUAUUUUUAGAUGAUGUAACAUAGCCAUUAAAGUUGAUAUUAAGUAGUGCCUAAUACUGUGGUAUGUAACCUUCACAAGAUCAUCGUUUUCACAUUAAACAUGAAAAAAUCAA